AUGAGUGAAGUUACCAGAUAUUCAUUAGAAGAUCAGCAGCAACAGCAGCAACCCUAUCCAGCACAGCAACAGCAACAGCAACAGCCACCUCAAGUGCCCUCACAUGAGCCAUUUGAUAUUUCUCCUACACCUUCAAAAUCGGUUCAUCGCUCAAAGACAGUUCGUAACCUUAACUCUGCAGGAAGUAAGAUGAGAGGUUUAUUCAAGACUAAAAACACCAAAAACAAGGAAUCCUCUACAUCGUCCAAUAGCAGUGGUGAUGAUAAUACUGGUUUCUUGACCAGACCUAUCUUGGCGACGUCUGCUUCUUACGGCCCAACAAGCGCAAGCGACAACUUUCAUUACCAACACCAGCAACAGCAAUAUGCCCCACCUCCACCACAGACACAGCCGCAAGUACAGGCACAGUUGCAGCAACAGCAACAGCAGCAGCAGCAGCAGCAGCCUCAUCAAAAGCAAGAAGAUCGCUUUGAUAUGAAUAUCACCGAGAAUGAAGUCAAAUCCAAUAUUUCACCUGUAGAUGAGGUUGAUCAGAACCAACAGCACCAGCAACAGCAACAACAGCAACAACAGCAACAACAGCAACAACAGCAACAACAGCAACAACAACAACAACAGCAGCAACACAUGAAUUUUCAACUGGAAUUAGAACAGCUAAACGAACUCAUUGCUCAAAGAUCUUUAGAGAUGCAGAAUGAAAAGAAGAACAAGGAGCGUCUUCAGAACGAGCUCAACGAAGCCCAACGCAUCUUUAAAGAGAGAGAAGCUGAAUACUCUAGCAUUGAACACAGCUUCUUUGAGCACACACGUGCUAUUCGAGCCACUGAUGAUGAUCUAUCCACCAUUCGCGACUCUUUCAAACUGCUCAAAUACUCCAUUGCUCGUUUGAUCAUGACCUUGAACAAGAAGGCUGAUAAAGCCAAGGCUGCCGAGAAGUUUUGCCAAACGUGGCCCAAUCUACCCAUUUUGGAUCCCACCACAAACGAGUUGGAGCCUUCCUUUGUCAACUUGCUGGCCGAGAAGUUGGUGCAUGAACAUUUGGUCAACUAUGUCUUUAAGUCACCCAUUUAUCCUGGACUCAAGGUCAACGACGCCUAUUACGCCUUACACACAUGGCUCCAACAACACAACUCUCAGUUCUCAGUGCGCCUCAGACAACAAAUGGCCGCUGUUGUUGCAAAAAGCAAGCCAGAGACAGAGAUUCAGCAGGCUGCUCAGAAAGAAAAACAGGCUAUCGCCAAGAAGAUUUACGAUGAUUUAGCAGAUAUUUACCAUCCAUUUUUACGUGAAAACGAUGCUGCUGUGGAGGAGGAGAAGCGAUACUACAACAAGAUCUGCGAUAUUGUGGAUAAAGCGCUCAAACUAUGCAUCGCUAUUCGCGGCCAGGAAGUGGAGAUUACAACUGUGGCUAUCGAGGAGGGCAGCAAGCAGCCAUUUGAAGAGGAAACCAUGACAGAAGUGAAGGGCAGGACAAAUGGCUUGGUCCGAUUCUGUAUAUGUCCUACAUUUAUGGGUGGUGAUCGUGAACAUGGUUUUCUUGAAAAGGGGAAAGUGGUUAUUUCGGGCUAA